AUGUAACCUUGCUAGUGUUUUUAUCGUCAAUAUUACCUUCUUUUAUAAAGUAAAAUGUAGUCACCGAAAAAGCGUUUUUAAAGUAAGUUGUAGCUUUUUACAUUUUAAAGCGCAAGCUACCGCCACAAAAGAUUAGGUUUGUUCGUCGUCGGGCACUGUAGAGGACGAACUCUUCCGAAGUCUUCCGAAGUUACCAGUGUUGUUUCAUACGAGGAAGCCGUGAUUGAAAAUGUCACCUAAUCAUAUACUAGUGUUUUUAUCGUCGAUAUUAAUUGUUAGCUGGGCCGACGUCUGUCCUUGUGAGAGACCCGAGCUAUGCCAGCAGAUACGCGACCAGAAAGACUUCGAGGUGUUUGUGUUUGACGUGGGGGGGAAGACGUGGAGGUCGUACAACUGGAGCGUGGUGACGACCGUGGCGGCGUUUGGGAAAUACGACGCCGAGCUCAUGUGCCACGCUCAUUCCCAAGGAGCGCGGGUCGUUCUCAAAGAAACAGGCGACGUUCCCCUUGCGUACGUUGUGGACCAGAGCAACAGGACAGGCUGGAUAACCGAGAAGGUCAACUUGGCCAAAAGUCAGUUUAUGGAUGGGAUCAACAUCGACGUUGAACAAGCAGCAGACCAAGGCUCUGCUGAGUACUUUGCUCUAACACACCUGGUCAAAGAGACCACGCAGGCUUUCCACAAGGAGAUCCCUGGUUCUCAGGUGUCCUUCGAUGUCGCCUGGUCGCCCAAAUGCAUCGACAAUCGCUGCUACGAUUACGUCAACAUCGCCGAGUCCUGUGACUUGGUGUUUGUGAUGUCCUACGACGAGCAGAGCCAGAUCCUGGGGGACUGCAUCGCCAUGGCCAACGCCCCCCAGGCUCAAACGCUUAAAGGCUACGAUGAGUAUUUGGAGAUGAAUAUCGAUCCAAAGAAGUUAGUGAUGGGCGUGCCGUGGUACGGCUACGACUACCCUUGCCUCAACUUUUCCCAGGACGGAGUGUGUUAUAUCGCCAGUGUGCCGUUCCGUGGCGCCCCUUGCAGCGACGCUGCCGGCAAGCAGAAGGCGUACAGCUGGAUGAUGAAGCGGGUGGAUGCCUCCUUGUCUGGCCGGCUGUGGGACGACAAGCAGCAGGCCCCCUACUUCAAUUACGAGGACCCACAAGGACAGAUCCAUCAAGUCUGGUAUGAUGACCCAGAGAGUAUCUGCCUGAAGAGCAGCUACGUCCAAUGGAAAGGUUUGCGGGGCGUGGGCAUGUGGAACGCUAACAUCCUAGACUACAGCGACCAUCCUGUUGCUAAGCAGCAGAGUGCAAAAAUGUGGAACGCUCUCUUUGGAUGCUAGCUGGCCUGAAGUUUACGGCGGGACACAUUUAUGUUGGUUGUUGCUAAGUCAACAAGUCCCUUUUGUGGCAGCAACACCGCCAGAGUCCACACACACAUUCUUGCACCUCAGACUUUCUUCCAGCUUUUAUUGCCGCUACUUUUCAACACCAGACGUUCCACGGUGCUGGAGGACUCAUUCACGCUCUGCACUUUGUUGUCAUCACUCUAGUUGAGCACCUUUCUGGGUUUUUACACGCAGUAUCCAAUAAAAGCUGACAGCAGAGAAA